AUGGAUCGCAAUACUCAGCCUUCAUUUAAGCCAAACACUUUUAUUGGAUACCAAGACAACUGGAAGAAACAGAUGUUUCAUCAUCGCCCCGCUUAUAGUGCUCCACCAGGCCAAAACACGGUUUAUCGACCUCGCGCCCGAUUUCCGUCUUCCCAACAAGCUUCUGUGAACUCGUGCGGAAAUACACUGCAGCACUAUGGUAAUCCACUGGGACAGUAUUCCCCGAGACCAUUCUCACCUUUGAGCAAACAGCAACAACAAUCAGUCGUUGAGAAGGUGAAAAUUCUGGUCAAUGAAAACCGAAGCAGCCUCGACAACACCGACUGCCCACCAGGACACCUUCUGCAGGACACGUGGACCUUUUGGUACCUUCGCUUGCAGGACAACUUCUCCUGGGAGAAGUCGCAGUUGCCAAUCGGCAGCUGCAGCAGUGUGGAACAGUUUUGGAGCAUCUACGAUCAGAUAGUGUCUCUCGCUGAGGCUCCCUCUGGCUGCAACUAUUCGCUGUUUAAGAAAGGAAUACGCCCUGUUUGGGAGGAUCCGAUGAAUCAGCAUGGUGGCCGCCUGGUGUUUACCAUUAAGAAGGACAAACUGGACUACAAGCUUUUCGUGGAGAAAAUGUGGUUCGAGUUCUCCAUGGCCGUGGUGGGCAAUGUUCUUCCUGAUGUUUCCGAACAGAUCUGCGGAAUCUGCGGGGCCAACCGCAAUCAGAUGGUCAAAAUUGCCAUUUGGACUCGCGAGCGUAAAAAGCACGAAGAGAUAAGGCAGAUCGGUCUCUAUUUCAAGAAGCUUAUCGACUACAAGCAGCCAGUGCCUUACGAGGCAAACAUUAAUGUGAACACAAAGCUUGGCAGCGUUCAUUCCCAGACCAAAAUUCUCUUUGAAGUUUAA